UAAGAACUAUUGCUGACUGUAAUUAGCGAGCUCUUUCUAAUAGUAUCCUUAUUGUCAGAGUUGUUUUUUUUUUUUUGCUCUCUCUUCUAGUUAAUCACCCACAAUUCUAAGAUUUGUAGAGUAACGAUGGUUGGGUCACGCUAAGAACCGUUUUCUCUUUCUCAUGCGAAAUCUGUUCUUUUUCUAAGCGUGGGGGUUGGUUUUUGCUCUUCUUUUCUUUUCUGGGGAGGUGUUACUUUAUGUUUAUUUUCUUGCUUUUUAAAGAAAGAGUAUAAUAGUAACCUGAAUAAUUCUUCCUAUGUUGGGAGGUACUGUUCAUUUAUUCCCCAAAAUCAAUUAUUAUGGUUGGGGAGUAUAAAGAUAGAAUUAGGCAUUAAAAAAAGGGUACUAGCUCCGAAGCAGAAAGGCCAAAUAGCCUUCUUUUACUGCUAUUGCAUCAAAAGCACCAUUUCUGCCAAAGAACCAAAGAACAAUUAAAGGUGUUUCAGUUGUUCCCCCUAACCCCUUUCCUUCACAGUUCACACUACUUUUGCUGUUUGCAUUCAAGAUUCCUUGUUUACCUUCUCUUCUUUGGUUGAGUUUUUUGAAGAAAAAAUGUCUGCAACGAUAGAACAAGACUACAUAGGUUUGUCAGCUGCUGAAAGGAGCCCUGAUAAGAUCUCAACGGCGUCGUCCACUUCCUCCAAUCUUUGCCCUGAAGAUGAAAAGAGCAGUGCUUUGAACCUAAAGGAGACUGAGCUGAGACUUGGUUUGCCUGGUUCUGAGUCUCCUGAGAGGAAAGAUGUUGUUGGGCCGCCUUCUUAUGGUUCUGGGGUGGCUUUAUUGUUUGGGAAGACCUGUGUUUCUGGGGCUAAGAGGGGCUUUUCUGAUGCCAUUGAUGGAUCUGGGAAAUGGAAUUUGAGCAUUAAUGGUGGUGGUUCUGGGAAAGAUGUCAUUUUGUUUGCUCCCCUUGGAGGAGAAAGUGGGGGUGAUGGUGUUAAGAAUUUUAACACCCUUCAAUCCUGCUUGCCUGGGACCUCAUUGAAGGAGGUUUCCAGUGGCCCUGAUCCUGUUAAGCCUAUUGAGGAUAAAAAAAUUGUAUCCUCUUCUGUCAAAGAGCAUGGUAUUGGUGCUCCAGCCUCAAAGGCGCGAGUGGUAGGAUGGCCACCAAUUGGGUCUUUCCGCAAGAGUACCCUGGCUACAAAUUUGUCAAAGAACAAUGAUGCUGAAACGAAAUCAGGACCUAGCUGCCUCUUUGUUAAGGUCAGCAUGGAUGGUGCUCCUUACCUAAGAAAAGUUGAUCUCAAAAGUUACUCCAACUAUUCAGAACUAUCCUCAGCUCUUGAGAUGUUGUUCAGCUGCUUCACUAUAGGUCAGUGUCCUCUUUUUUGUCAUCCAGCUGAUAGCCUUUGUACGGAUCCAAGUCCACUUUUUUGGUCAAAUGAUCCAAUAUCUUGUUGGCUGUAAAGUAGAUUUGAUUAUUAAUACCUGUCUGUAACAUCACUCAUGAAUGGGUAUCCAUGUUGAAAUAGAUACUGUCUACCCCUAGUAUUGAUUUCCAUCAACCAGCUAGAUGCAUCUUUACUUGGGAGUUUGUGAUUGGAUGGCAAUGUUUCUUUUUUCUGCAGCUUCAAUCUCCAUUCUGUAGUGAUGCUUAAGCAUCUGUUUUUCUCCUUUAUAGCAGAAUCUAUGUCAUGCCUUUAUACGAGUUACUUCCACUUAAUAAUCGGCCUGUUUUUAUUGAUCAUAUCUGGGGGUUCAGGUCAGUGUUCUGCUGGUGAGCUCUCGGAGAAAGAGGGACUCAAAGAAAAGGGCGUGGUAGAUGACUUCCGUGGCUCUGAACAUGUGCUUACAUAUGAAGACAAGGACGGUGACUGGAUGCUAGUUGGUGAUGUUCCAUGGGAGUAAGUUUCAUAUGCACUGGCUCUUAAAUAUCCGUCAGUACUUUGUGUUUUUUUUUUAGUGCAAAGUUGAAUCGUUGGCCUAAACUGACGAAAGUAUUGACAUUUAUGUCGGCUGUUGGCGGUUAGGCAUGCCUUACAAUUUGUAAGGAUGCUGGAUCGCAGUUAGGAUUCACCUUAUUGUUGAGUAGGAAGACUUCACCUUAUUGUUGAGUAGGAUUAUCUGACCUGCAUAAUCACAGUUAGGAUUCACCUUACUGUUGAGUAGGAAGAAUUCAGCUUAUUGUUAGUAGGAUUAUGUGACCUGCAUGAAUCAGUUUAAUGCCGAACAAGAUAAUUUAAUUUAAUUUAAACAUCAGUUUAUGCAACUCCAGUUGCUACUGUGCUCGCAUGUUUCCGUUCAUUCUGGGACUCUUAUCUGAAACGAAAAAUUGACACGCAGCUUUCUAUUUUGAUUUUCUGAUAGGAUGUUCAUUGGUUCAUGCAAGAGACUAAGAAUCAUGAGAGGCUCAGAGGCAAUUGGACUCGGUGAGAUAAACAAUGCAGUGUUUCCAAUAUCAUUCAGGAGUUCUUAAUUAGUUUAUGUUGAAAAUUAUGGGAAAAAAACGAAAAUGGCAAGACCAUUUUUAAACGCAUUCCUACCUUAGUGAAUCUACUUUCACUUUAGUUGAAUUGUUUUUCUCCCUAUAAUUUGGUCGGAAACUAAAUCUGCCAAUUUUCUUGCAGCUCCAAGGGCCAUGCAGAAGGCGAAAAACCAGAGUUAAUGCCACACAAAUAUUGCCGAAACGGGAAACCUUACUGAAGUUAUCUUUGAUAUAUUGAAUAGGUUAUUAAGUGUAGUAUGAUCUGAUAGAUUUUGGUAUGGACACUAAGCACCACUGGAGAUGCUCAUAUGUCUCUUCUUUCGGUCUUUUACUUUUCACUUCUCAGACAGAAGUGUUCCAUGUAAAUGAAGUUCUUGCUAAUUUUGCAUAAACAGUAUGGGUUCUUCUCAUUUUCCGUCCACAAAAUUGAUAACGUUUCUCGUUCAGAUGAAUCUUUGAACCCUGUUUUCAUUUUCAGAAAUGGAAGGCAAUUACAUUCCCCAG